GCCAACUACAAUAAUUGUAACUUUUAAAAAGCAAUGAAAGGGAUCUCAACGCAUUGCAUGAUUUACAGGAUCUCAUUACAACAAGGAGUACACCAAUGUCUUCAACGCCAGGCUCCUGCUUUCUCCACAUUGAGUCCAACAUACAUGGGCGCAGGAAAGCAGGAAACUGAGGGAAGUUCACUCAAGGCUAUGAAAGCACAAAAUCAAGAGAACAACGAUACGUUGGAGAACCAGCGAGAUAUAUCCUCACCAACCAAUAAUAGCACACCUUUGCCGAUUACUACUGAAGAUCUAGUCAAGAAGUUCAAAUUAAAGCCAUCUGCUGAGGUGGGAAUCCGCGCGAGAAAGCUGGAGAGGGAAAGGAAACAAGCAGAGGAAGAGGCUGCGAGGAAAUCAAGAGAAGCUGAAAUACGCACAGGUACUGAAAGGAUCAAUCGACUGUUCGAGAAGCUUCAGAUGGGUGAAGAUUUCAGGAUGACAACACCGGCAAGGACGACACCGUUGACUACGGAAGCAGAUCCUGGCGCAACUGAAAUAACUAAGGCUUCAAUUUCUAAGUCUUGGAAAUUUUUAUUUGAUGAGGAUGACUUGGGUGAAAGGAAAGCCAAGGAAGGCGAUAGUAAUGGAGAUAGAGAGGAGGUUUUGGAUAAGAUCCCAGGAGCCUCAACCUUAUUCCCUGCACUUUCAGAAUAUCGAUCGCCAUCAAGUGCAGCUUCAUCAGCGAAGCCAUCGUCAGCCUUAACCUUUGACAGCCGCCAUACGCUCUCCGAUCGCUGGAAGGAUCCAAAGAUGAAAAGCUCAGAAAGGGACGCCUUCAAGGCGUUAUUCUCAUCGCUCUUUGAACAAAAGAAGCCACAGAAACCAGAAAUUAGCGUUGGAGGAAAGGUACAGUCACUCUUCUCCAACUUCAAUCGUACAGGUCAUGAAGGGAUUGCAGAUAGUCAACAAGGUAGUGAAUCAACAUCUUCAGCGGUCCCUAGCGACAGCACAGCAGGCCAUCCUCCAACGGCGCCAGAUUCAACUGUAUCGAAUACAAAAGCAAAGAAUGACCCAAUGUUAGUGCUUCAGCGUCAAUUUGAAAAUCUUUCGAAGAGAGUGGAGCCGAUUUACUUGGACGUAAAGCCAAGCACAUCCAGUUUUCAGGUUAUGCAAAACACCGUUGGUCCCCAUGACUGGCUGAGUCGAGAUCAGACUUCAGCUCAAGAAAACACCAUCUUCAAUGCCAUUCGUGAAGAGAACAAAGUUGCAAUUAGGAUGAAAAAGGAGCUGGACGAUAAAAGUGGGGAUAUUAUCAAAGUUCAGGAAUUCGUGGACGAGCUUAUCUUGCCAUUUUUAGAGUCUUCAUCAGAAAAAUCAUCAGAGGUUGUAAGGCCCUCGAGCGUUAGCUUGGAUAGUCUUCUCUCACGAGCUAUUUUAACGGCCUCUUCCACACGCUUGGCAGAUAGCGAAGGCCAGAGAUCAUUGCAUCCAUUCUUAGGCAGCGCUCUUGUAGAACAUACCCGUAGACAAGGCCUUCCUGUAUUUAUUCGCACAGUCCGCACAGAAUCAUACAAAGCUCUUCUUAAGUCCCGCUGGGAUGCGUGGAAUGAUGGAGCAGGAUGUCUUGAGAUUUUGAAGCAGAUGCAACGUAGUGGAGCUUUAGUUGACGGUGACACGCUCAGUCUUGUUCGGAGUAUCCGAAAGGAGCUUAAAACUCGUUCUUUGAAUUCUUCGUCCCCAGGCCAGAUCACAUCCAAGGAACAGCUACGUCAAUAUGGUUGGGGAGACGAGGAGCAACUCGAACCAGUCUUGGAGAUGUUGAAUGUUAUCAAAGCGGCCUUUGAGGAUGGUGAUAAUGAUCAUACCAUUAAGCAUUGGGCGAGGAGAGCUGGCCCAAGAGCUUCCAAUCUCAUAUCAUGAAGAUACCGUUUCGAAUGUAAUAAAAGCCAC